UCCGCUUCCGGUAAGAGGUUCUGUAAGUUUACAGUGGUCAGUGUGAGAAGCUGCCAGAUGAGAUAGAGAGCUCAAAUCUACAAAACAUCAAUUAUAUUUAACUCUUUAUUAAUCUAAUAUCUAACUAGGUGCUAUCGAUUGAAGUGUCAAGCUAAAAUCACACAGAUAUAUCGAUAUCGAAGCUGCAACAGCGAGCAGGAUAUUAAUAAAAGCACAUGAUGGUGUUAUGCAUACUGGUAUGUGUGUAGACAGUAAAGCAGACUUAUGAAGAAUCACAGGAUAAAUUGAUAGAAUCGGCUAUUUUAUAUUCUCAAAUUCGUCGUUUUGUGAAUUUUCUGGAUGGAUAACUGUGGUAAACAUGAUGAGCUCUCAGGAUAACAAGACGGAGUUGGAGCAGAGAGAUGAGGACGAACAGACCAGUGCUGCCAGUGAAGACAACAGACAGGGGGCGGAUCUGGGCAACAAUGAAGUGAAGAGUCGUGCAGUUGUGAAAUAUUCAGCGGCUCCGCCCCCCAGCACCUAUGCAUUAUUGCAGGAGAAGACCGACCUCAAACUGCCUCCCGCUAACUGGCUGAGAGAAAAUGCCCAGCUGGGACCUGCAGGGACCACGGUGCUCGGGUCUAGCCGGAAAAGCAAACCUUUCUCUAGUUUUGGGAUGGCGUAUGACUUCAUUGACUGUAUUGGUGAUGAUGUUGACGUUGUGUCUGAUUCAGAGAACAUUAAGAAGUUGCUGAAGAUCCCGUACAGUAAGUCUCACGUCAGCAUGGCUGUUCAUCGAGUUGGCGGCACUCUGCUGUUGGAUGAUCUUGACAUUCAGGAACUGUUUAUGAGAUCAUCACAGACCGGAGACUGGACAUGGCUGAAGGAGUUUUAUCAGCGUCUCAUUGACCAGAAGUGGCAGAGAAAAAAGAAAAGUAAAGAACAUUGGAAUGAGAAAGCCAUUCUCUCAAAAUUUCUCUAUUACAGUAUUAACAGUAAUGGGGUGCCCGUGACAUCAGAUACAGACCAGACAGCAGGCGAUGGUUGUGGGACGGGGAGUGAUGGGCCGUCUUGGCCUGCGACCUUCACCAAUUCCUCUUCUGCUUCAGAGGAGCCUGCAAUACCCAAAGAGGAGCAGGUUGACACUUAUGAUUUUGGUCACGUGUCUUCAAUUCCUAAAGAGCAGAACCUGCCUACAUUAUUCAAUGAAGGAGAAAACAGCCAGGGUUUGAAGAACGACUUUGUCCGAAACAUAUUAUGGACUUUUGAGGACAUCCACAUGCUUGUGGGAUCAAAUAUGCCAAUAUUUGGAGGUGGUCGGUACCCAGCAGUCAGUCUCCGACUCAGGGACAACAAUAAACCAAUCAACGUCCUGACAGGAAUCGACUACUGGCUGGAUAAUUUAAUGUGUAAUGUACCAGAGUUGGUCAUGUGUUUUCAUGUUAAUGGCAUCGUACAGAAAUAUGAGAUGAUUAAAACAGAGGACAUCCCAGAUUUGGAGAACUCCAGAUUUUCGACGCGAGUUGUGAAGGACAUUGCACAGAAUAUCCUAUCGUUCCUAAAAUCCAACUGUACCAAAGAAGGCCACACCUACUGGCUUUUCAAAGCCAGUGGAAGUGACAUCGUGAAGUUGUACGAUCUCACAACCCUUUGCGAAGAGGCAGCCGAGGAGAAAUGCCAAAACCCUUUCAAGUUACCUGUAGCUGUGCUGCUCUACAAAGUUGCCAGUAACAUGAUCCUAAAGAAAAGCCAAAACGGGAAGAACUACGGCACAAUCCGAACUCUGUUACUCAACUGUAUUAAACUUCUGGAUGAGGAGAGACAUCCACAGAUCAUCGCCUCUGCCCACUACAUGCUAGCAGAACUCUUCCAGUUAGACGAUGUGAAUGAAGAGGUGAGCGACGGGGAAUCUCUGAAGGGCGGAGGCUCUGAAGACAGCUACAGUGAUGAAGAUGAGGAGGAGGAAGAUGAUGAAGAUGACGGAUGCUCCUACAGCACCUCCUCUAAGCCACAGGAUGACUCAAAAGCCGUAGCUAUCAUAAAGUCUGUCGGGGAGCUGUCUGUUCCGGAGAAAUACAAGAGCACUCACCAGAUCAGACCUAACUAUUCGUUUCCUGUGUCACAAGACAAAGAAGAGAAGUGUCGACUGGUUCUCAGCUAUGUUCUUAAAGGUCUGAAAGCAGUAGACAGCAGUAUAAAGAAAGAAAGUGACCUACCAGCCGCCGACCCCACCACCCCGAUUCCUCUGAAGUACGAGGAAAGAUCUCAAACAGGAGCUGGAGAUGUGGAGAAAGAGAUCGCUCUCCUCCUGGACAGAGUCGGUCCGUGUAACGAGGAACUAACAGUGCCGACGCGCUCCGGUAUGAUCCCGGGCACCUGGCAGCACCGUGUGAAACAGCAGCUUUUCCUGAAAGCAUCAAAAGCUUACUACAUCCUGUCAGAUGCUGCGUCCAACCUGAUGAAGUACGGCCGGGCACUGCGCUACAUCAAACUGGCUUUGCAGUGUCAUGAUGCGUAUUGCUCCAUCAGUGGUGGUCUCCACCCACAGGUGCUUUUGUUUCACUGUCAGUGUCUGUCUCUGUGUGGAGAUGUUCAGCUGAUGUUGGCCCAGAAUGCCUCCAACAGAGCAGCAUACCUUGAGGAGUACAACUAUCAGACCAAAGAUGACCAGGAGAUCUUACACUGCCUGCAUCGUGAGAGCUCCUGCCAGGCCUUCAGCAUGGCUACCGAUCUGGCCACAGACCUGGAGUACCAGCUGAUCAUCAGCAGAAAGUGUUAUGAAGCUGCCCAUGAUCUUUUAGCCUCAGGAGUGCUGAAAGAUUUGGGACAGGAGCAGUUGGGUCAGGUUCUGAAACGGCUCGGCAACAUCCGCAACGAGAUGGGCGUCUUCUACAUGAACCAAGCGGCGGCCAUGCAGACCGAGAAAGAAGGAGAGCGCAGGAGUGUGUGCGUGGCCGAGCAGGAGUUGUGGAAGAAGAGUUUCUCGUGUUUCGAGAAGGGCAUGCAAAAUUUCCAAGCAAUUUCAGACUCAGUGAACACGUCCCUGCUGCUGUGUAACAUUGGGCGUCUCAUGCGCAUCUGCGCACAGGCUCACUGUGUCGUGACAUCGGAGCGAAGCCGUGGGGAGUUCUCACCCGAAGAGGCUUUAUACUACAAUAAGGCGAUUGAAUACUAUCAGAAAGCCCUGAAGUCCCUGGGUUGCAGAGACAGUCAUCCUGCAGUCUGGGAUUCUGUUAACUGGGAACUUUCGACAACGUAUUUCACUUUGGCCACACUUCUGCAGGAUUACGCUCCACUGUCCCGUAAAGCACAAGAGCAGAUCGAGAGGGAGGUCACAGAGACCAUGAUGAAGUCCCUGCGGUACUGCGAUCUCCAGACAGAAUCCGCCCGCCAGCCGCUAUACCAGUACAGAGCGGCGACUAUCCAUCACAGACUGGCUUCAAUGUACCACAGCUGUUACCGUAACCAGGUUGGAGACGAAAGCAUCCGGAAGCAACACAAGGCUCAGGCGGAGCAGCAUUACAGUAAAGCCGUGCGUCUCUUUGUGAAUCUGAGCGACGCCCCGUGCGAGCUGCUACGCACGCUUUUGGAGAGAGUGGCGUUUGCUGAGUUCACCAUGGCAGGUCAGAACAGCAAUGCAGUCAAACUGAAGACUCUGACGGGAGCUCUGGAGACGAUGCGCGAAACUCGACACGCUUUCAAACUCAUCCAUAAAGAACUGAUGGAGCAAGAGGAGAAAGUGAUACUCACUCUUGAAGACUCGGAUAAGCCUGCAGAAGUCCAGGGUUCAGAUGGUUCCUCCUCAUCUGAACUAAACACAGAAGAAGUUGUGAAGUUGAUGGGCGUGUUUGAACCCAGUUUCUCCUUCCUGCUGCUUCAGAUGAUGAAACUCAGUACUGCAAGUAAACGUAAACUCAGUGUUAAAGAAGAGGAGCAGGUGAAGGCCUACAAGAACGUCUAUUCUCGGCUGUUACGGGCCGAUAAGUCCGUCCCGCUCAUCCAGCGGGUUUCCCUCUAUCUGGAGCUGCUGGAUCAGCUGAACCCACCCACAGGAAGUGAAGAAACGAAAUCAACAUCUUGAGAUUUACUUAUAAACCAGCUGGUUUGAACAGUCUAAAGCACGCUCCUGUCUUUGGCUUUUUUAUCCUAAUUGGGAAUGUAUGGAUAGAGUUAUAACAAUCCUGCUCUUGGAUAAAAGCUGAUGAAAUAAGGCAUUAUAAAAGAUGGCGUGAUAUCAACUUUUAAAAGAGCCUUAGAAAUGUGAACACCGCUUUCACCAGCAGUGCCUUUCCUUAUGCUCAUAGUCAUACAGUAUAUGUUACAGGACGUCCUAUGUGAGCAGACAUAGACUCAUUAUACACUCAUCAGUGAUUUUGUGACAUUUGUUUAAAAUGAAAACAAAUGAUGAUGAGAAAUCCAAACUGUACAGUUGUUUGUAGAGCAGAUAUUUAUUUCUAAUUAGACAAUAUGUACAAAAUGUGAACCUGUGAUGCUGUUUCACACACUUGGGGCUGGAACAUAUUCAUGGACCUUUUCAUUUUUUAGUUAAUGAAUAAGCUGAUAAAUUGAAAAACAAAAAUGUGCAAUAUUUUGGCAAGCCUCAAUGCAACCGAUGUAUUGUUUAAGGUCAUUUGUGUUUGCUUGGCUUUAACAAGUCUGCAAUAAAGAUUUUAAAAACGC